AUGCGUCUCUGUAUUUGGUUCACCGGAGUUGGAUCAUCCUUGUCAUGCAAGACACUCUUACUGACGGAUCUCCUGGUUAUACAAAUCAAGAAUGUAAUAUAUGUGGAUAUGACACUGAAAACUUACUCUAUCAUUGUGAGAUUUGUAAGUUCAACUUGGAUAUGGUUUGUGCGAUUCAAACUCCUCCACCGGGUUUCUCUUUCGAAUAUGAAGGUUCAUGAGCAUACACUCACACUCAUCGCAAGAUUGAUCUCCUUCGUUUGUGAUGCUUGUGGGAUGGAAGGGGACCGUUCUCCUUAUGCUUGUCUUCAGUGCGAUCUCAUGUUCUUCCAUCAAGACUGUGCUUGUUUCCCGCGUGUCAUUCACGUCAACCGCCAUGAUAACCGUGUUUCUUACACGUAUCCUCUUGGUGCUGGAGAAUGGAAAUGUGGGGUUUGUUGGAAAGAGAUUGAUUGGUCAUAUGGGGCUAAUUAUUCUUGUUCAGAUUGUUCUGAUUACGCUAUUCAUUCACUAUGCGCAACAAGGGAUGACGUAUGGGAUGGGGAAGAGCUUGAUGGAGUACCUGAAGAAGUUGAAGAUAUUAUAUAA